CUUCUCUCUUCUCUCUCUCUUUCUUCUUCUUCUUCUACGAUCUGAUCGGCCAUUAAAGCUUUUUUUCCCCCUUCACUAUGAUACCUCUUUUGAAGUGAGAAACCAAAAAAAAGACGAAACUUUACUGUUUCCUCUGCAAAUUUACUCACUUUUUAAACUCACCAAAUCUCUCUCUCUCUCUCUCUCUCUCUCUCUCUCUCUCUCUCUCUCUCUUUCACUUCGCUUUCUCUAUUUCCCCUGAAACGGUUCUUGUCUUUCUCUCUCUCUCUCUCUGUUUCGUCUUCUCUGUUUCUGAAUCCUUUAAAGUUCUUGUCUUUGAGUACAAAACUUAACAAAGGAUUGAUCUUUCUUCAGAGUAAACAAACUUGAGAUUACAAAACUUCGUCUCCUUCGUUUGAAUUUUUGUUCUAAACAUGGAGCAAGAGAAAAGCUUGGAUCCACAACUAUGGCAUGCUUGUGCAGGAUCAAUGGUUCAAAUCCCUUCAGUCAAUUCAACUGUUUUUUACUUCGCUCAAGGCCAUACUGAACACGCUCACGCUCCUCCUGAUUUCCACGCGCCGCGCGUACCUCCUCUCAUCCUCUGCCGCGUCGUCUCCGUCAAGUUCCUCGCCGACGCUGAGACCGACGAAGUCUUCUCCAAAAUCACGCUUUUGCCAUUACCUGGUAACGACUUGGAUCUCGACAACGACGCCGUUUUGGGUCUCACCCCUCCUCCUUCUGACGUUAACGUUAACGGUAACGAGAAGCCCGCGUCGUUCGCUAAAACGUUAACGCAGUCUGAUGCUAACAACGGCGGCGGUUUCUCCGUUCCUCGUUACUGCGCCGAGACGAUUUUCCCGCGGCUUGAUUACACGGCGGAGCCGCCUGUACAAACCGUGAUUGCUAAAGAUAUCCACGGCGAGACUUGGAAAUUCCGGCAUAUUUACAGAGGAACACCUCGCCGUCAUCUCUUAACCACCGGCUGGAGCACGUUCGUUAACCAGAAAAAACUAAUCGCCGGCGACUCAAUCGUUUUCCUCCGUUCUGAAUCCGGCGACCUCUGCGUCGGAAUCCGCCGCGCUAAACGCGGAGGACUCGGAUCUAACGGCUUAGCAUCCGACAACAAUCCUUACCCCGGCUUCUCCGGUUUCCUCCGUGACGACGAAACAACAACAACAACAACGUCAAAGCUAAUGAUGAUGAAACGCAACGAGGGAAACACCGCGGCUGCAGGGAGGGUAAGAGUAGAAGCAGUAGCUGAAGCGGUGGCGCGUGCAGCGUGUGGACAAGCGUUUGAGGUAGUUUAUUACCCACGCGCUAGCACCCCGGAGUUUUGUGUUAAAGCAGCUGAUGUAAGAUCAGCAAUGAGGAUAAGAUGGUGUAGUGGUAUGCGUUUUAAAAUGGCGUUUGAAACAGAGGACUCUUCAAGAAUCAGUUGGUUCAUGGGUACUGUCUCUGCUGUUCAAGUCGCUGACCCAAUUCGUUGGCCUAAUUCACCUUGGCGUCUCCUCCAGGUAGCGUGGGACGAACCGGAUUUGUUACAAAAUGUGAAACGGGUUAGUCCAUGGUUAGUGGAAUUGGUAUCAAACAUGCCUGCGAUUCAUUUAUCUCCUUUCUCACCAAGGAAGAAGAUUAGGAUGCCGCAGCCGUUUGAAUUCCCUUUCGACGGUACUAAAUUCCCGAUUUUCUCCCCGGGAUUCGCCAGCAAUGGCGCUGGCGAAUCCGUGUGUUAUCUGUCAAACGACAACAAUAAUGCUCCUGCAGGGAUACAGGGAGCCAGGCAAGCUCAAGCUCAACAACUCUUCGGAUCACCAUCUCCGUCUUUGUUGUCUGAUCUCAAUCUUAGUAGUUACUCCGGUAACAAUAAGUUACAGUCUCCGGCGAUGUUUCUAUCCGGUUUUAACCCGAGGCAUCAUUAUGAUAGUAUAGUGUCUCGUCAGGGUAGGGAUAUGGAGAAUGGUAAUAACAUUUCGUGUUCUUUAACUAUGGGGAAUCCUGGUAUGGUUCAGGAUAAGAAGAAGUCUGGUGGUUCGGUUAAGACUCAUCAGUUUUUGUUGUUUGGUCAACCUAUUUUAACCGAACAGCAAGUUAUGAACCGGAAACGGUCUUUGGAAGAAGAGGCCGAAGCGCGGGAGGAGAAAGGUUCCGCGGCUCGUGGGUUAACUUGGAAUUAUGGUUUCCAGGGACUUGAAACGGGUCAUUGUAAAGUUUUCAUGGAGUCUGAGGAUGUUGGACGCACGCUCGAUCUUUCGGUUAUUGGCUCGUACCAAGAAUUGUACCGGAAAUUAGCCGAGAUGUUUCAUAUCGAAGAGAGGUUGGAUUUGUUGACCCAUGUUGUGUACCAGGACGCAAAUAAUGUGACCAAACGCAUUGGAGAUGAACCUUUUAGCGAUUUCAUGAGAGCGACGAAACGGCUAACGAUCAAGAUGGAUAUUGGUGGCGACAGCGUGAGAAAGACGUGGAUAACCGGAAUCAGGAAUGGUGAAAAUGGUAUAGACGCUUCAGCAAAGACCGGUCCGCUCAGCAUCUUUGCUUGAAGCACUGAAGAGGAAGUGCAGUGGCUUUUGUUUUGAAACCUCUUGUCUUUUAUUCUCUUUUUUCUUUUUCCUAUUUUAAAUCCUUUUUUUUUUGGUAUUUUGUGUGUAACAAACUAUUUUUAAGUUUUAAGAAACUUCUCUAAUUGGUAUUUGAAUUUGUUUGGGGUUGUAAAAUUGUAUAUGAUAUAAUCAAUCAAAGAACCUACCAUAUCAUUGGGGAAUACCAAAAGCUAAAUUUGUUUGAAGAA